AUGUACAAACAACAUAAUAAGAAAAAGCAAUUGGCAAUUGCAUGUGCUGCUAUAAGUAUAAUCACAACAAAGCAAAGAAAAAAGAGAUCACAAUGGGUGAAAAAUUGGAAACUGGACAAAUCUAAAUUUGGAAAUAUACCUUUACUUAGUGAAAUAAGGGAAAACAACCCAGAUGAUUUUAGAAAUUAUCUUAGGAUGGAUUCUGCAUCAUUUGACGUUUUAUUGAAUUUGGUAGGACCAAAAAUUUGUAAAAUGGAUACUGUUAUGAGGUCAAGCAUCAGUAGCAGCGAAAGAUUAAUUGCCACAUUAAGGUUCUUAGCAACAGGAAAUUCAUAUGAAGAUAUGAAAUUCAGCACUUGUAUUUCUACAUCGAGUUUGUCAUAUAUUAUACCAGAGACAUGUAAGGCUUUAUAUGAUAUAUUGGCUCCUCAAUACCUAAAGUUUCCAUCUACAGCACAAGAAUGGAUUGAUGUAGCAAAUGGAUUUAAAAAUAGAUGGCAAUUCAUUAAUGCUGGAGGAGCUAUAGAUGGGAAACAUAUUCGGAUAGUACAACCAGCCAAUUCUGGUGCACAAUACUAUAACUAUAAAGGCUUUCAUAGUAUUGUACUUAUGGCUAUUGUAAAUAGCAAUCAUGAAUUUAUUUAUAUAGAUGUUGGUAAAAAUGGGCGGUUAUCAGAUGGAGGAAUAAUUGAAUGUACAGAAUUUUAUAGAAGACUGCAGAAUAACCAACUUCAUAUUCCAGAUAACAAUGAAACCAAUGAAAAUUUGAACUUUGUUUUUCUAGCUGAUGAUGCAUUUCCCCUUCAAGAACAUAUUCUUAAGCCAUUUCCACAAAGAAACUUAUCAAAAGAAAAACGAAUUUUCAACUACAGAUUUUCACGAGCAAGAAAUUGUGUAGAAAAUACAUUUGGUUUAAUUACCACCAGAUUUCGUGUACUGCAUCAUGCAAUUAAUUUGAACCCUGAAAAAGCUAAGCACAUAGUCCUUGCCAUAUGUGUACUCCACAACUUUUUGAGACAACGUAGUGCUUCAUAUUUACCACCAAAUACAACACUAGACAAAGAUAAUCAUAAAAAUAUAAUUGAUAGACAAGUGAGGGAUGCAAUUUUUGAUCUUCCUCAACUUCAGCAUCAACGAAUCACGAGUAUAUCCACAGCUGCCAAAGAAAAUAGGGACAGAUAUAAGGAAUAUUUCAAUACUACUGGGGCUGUUGAAUGGCAAGAACAAAUGAUAAGUGCAGGGAGAGCUUAA